GUGAUAGUGAAGCAAACCUAACAUAAGUUAAGGUAUUUGUCUUAAGUGGUCGCAAUUGUUGUAUGGAAUGUUAGUGUCAUUAUGCGCCCCAAAGAACAGGACCGGCCUUGAGUCGGGUAGCGCAAUAUGCGAUCACCCAAUCGCAACCCCACGGCCGCUCACAGAGCCGGGCGGAACUUUGAGCCAGAAUUGCGUUUGCACUACCUGUCGCCAGGAGCCUUUACAGUUCUGCCUCCAGAAAAUCCCCCUCCACCAGAACCACCUGCUGCACCAGCCCCGUACAGGCUCACCCCAACUACAAGGCACAAUAGAAACCAGGCUUUUUCUAUAAUAGCAGAACCAAAUGAAACAGGUUCGAGAAGUUCUUCGCCAUCAGGAAGAGUUAGUCCUUUUAGAGGACGAGGUUUUAAUCCUACCGGCUCUAGACAUGCUUCCCCAGCUCCUUCCCCACCUCCAGAGGACGCCAGGCUUACACCAAGAAACCUUUCGCCACGAAGAAGUAACAAUUCAAGAAUACCGACUCUAUCAAGGCGAGGAAGUAAUUCUGCUUUUGGCGAAAAGGUUAGCCAUAUAGCAUCACCAAGGAAAAGAGUAUUAAACUCGCAGUUAAGCCAAAGUUUAUCGAAUUUGGAGAAAGAAGCAUACAGCAACAAGCAAAAUCCACCUUCUACGAUUUUAAAAAAAACCUUUGGUCAUAGCAAACCGCCUGCUUUUCAACAGUUAUCACCUAUUGCCGGCAGUUCUCCGGAGCCAAGUCAAUCCCUGUCUUCCCCUUCUAGGAUUCCACAAAGUCGCAGCCAGCCUGGUAGUAGAAUUACAUCACCAACAAGACCUUCCCAUGGUGCAGCUGCAAAACCUCCAAUUUCAUCCAGAAACACCUCCAGGGUGGCUUCAAGAAGUACCUCAAGAAAUCCAUCGAGGAAUGCAUCAAGAAAUGCCAGUCGGGAGCCAAGUCCCACUAAGAAUCCUACAUCACCCACCAGAAUAUCUGUUAAAAAUUAUAGAAAUGUACAAGCUAAAGUUAAUAGUUUUAAAAGUGCUAAACCCAAAGUGCCUCCAAAACCUUCCACUACUAGUGAUCAAACGGACGAUUCGGACGUUACCAAACCACUACCACCUAAAAGGCUAGUUAAAAAAGAUAGUGUUAAAAAGUUAAGAACAACGUCCAAUAGCAAUAUAUUGGCUAAAACUGCCAGCAACAAUAAUCUUGCUUAUGUAAAUAAUAAUACAAAUAGGAAUUCUAACGAAUCUAAUAAUAAUGCUGAUAAAAUUAACUCUACAAUUGUAAGACAUCCUGAUAACAAAAAUAAAAAUAUAAGUGCUAAGACCAAUAAUAGUAGUAGUAAUAAUAAUAAUGUUAACAAAUCCGUUGCCAAUAACAAUAAAAUAAGUGAAAAUAAAAAGACCCAACUCAACAAAAGUGAUACAGACACAAGUGAAAUAACUACGCACAACGAUAAAUCAAGUGCCGACGAACUAAAGAAAACUAACACCACCCCAAAACUAACCGAUUUGUUACCCUCUACAACCAUUGUGGUGUCCAGCACUACGACCACAAUAACCCAACCCCUUAAAAUUGAUGCCAAACUAGAUUCAACUAUAAAAUACGACAAACCAAAACCAGUAUCGCCAAUGGUAGAUGGCAGGGUGCUAAGUGCUACCAGCGUUUCCAAUGCUAUGAACCGCAUGAACGAUUCUGUUCUUAAUACACAAACCCUAAUCAAAGAUCACGGUUUAUCGUCGAAAAUAACAGCUGCUAAUGCUAUUGUAUCAAUGGCAAACGAAAUCAAACCAACAAAUCCAGCGUUGGACACCAAGAACGCUACCACGGCCCUACCAACCGUAGAACCAACAAACACCAAACCCAUAGAAAAUAAUCACAAACAAGUUUCAAGUGUUGGAAUUCUGGACUCAAAGACGUUAGAGAAACACGUGCAAAACAACAUGAACAAUGUUGGCCACGUCAUGGGGAAUUCGGUUAAAAAAAGCGUUAACGAUAGGAUUAAGGAAGCUAGGACAGUUGUGGCCGCGGAUGUUAAACCAAUACAAAUAUCCGUUGAAGGAAAGCCUUCAGAUGUUGAAGUGCAAAGUGGCAACGUGAGGUUACCUGUAAGCGCAACAAAUGGACUCAGCGAAAGGCCAGGUCUACCACCAUCAAACCAAACGCCCCCAAAUGAACCAGAAGCAGCGAAACCUUCACCCAAAUCCAACCCAUGUACAAGAUUUUUAGCAAAAUUGCCUUGCAAGAGCAAAUCAGCAUCAAAACCUGUGGAACCAAAAUCCGACCAACGUGAAGAGGAUGGAAAAACUGGCUGCUUCAACUGCCGAAAGAAGAAACCUGCAAUGGAGCAGGUCAGAAUCAACAUUGAACCGAAUGAAGACGAUCCCAAACCAAAAUUCAUGGAUAGACUGAAAUGUUGCGGAAAAAAUAAAGUCGGCGAUACUACAGGGUGUUUUUCCAAGGGAAAACGGAAAGAAAGUUGGACUGAAAGGCGCGACAGCAUACUAAGCGAUCCGCCACUACCAAAAUCAAAAUGCAACGAAUUUAUGAGAAAAGCUUUUUGCCUUAAUUUAUGCUGCAAAAAAAAAAUAUCCGUAGGAGAAGAAAUUAGCAGGAAAGCUUCCCUAAUGAGCAGCAAAAAAAAGAGUUUAACUCCGACCACAUUGCCUCCCCCAGAAGAAGUAAAACCAAAGUUAGACGUAAGCCUUGUGGAAUACACCUCUCAUAUGAAAGGAGCUAUUCCAGUCCUACCAAUUUAUUUGGCGUGGUUUUGUUUAGUUAUGAAUUGUAUAGCCCCUGGUACAGGUACUGUGUUCAGUGGACUUUUUUGUUUAUGCCUUGGAAUCCCAAGAUUUUCUCAAAAAGACGGAGCAAGGCCAAGGAUCGGGGCCUUAAUCAUUAAUUUAUUCAUUGGCGCAGGACAAUUUUUUACCGUCCUGUUUUGUUUAGUAGGCUGGGGAUGGUCGAUAUGGUGGGGCGUCACUAUGGUAAAAAUAUCAAAAAAAUUCAAAAAACUGAAACUAUUAGAAGAAAUGGAGGAGCAAGCUGAAAUACGCUCUGAACAGCGUGCGGCAGCUUUGAAUUCAAGAGGCACUAAAGAUUUGGAAAGAUUAAAAUAAAUUUUAAAUUUUCUGAAAAAAUUGUUGAUUGUUUAAUAAAAAUCUUUUGGUGAUACAACUUGGUAUCAAUAUUUUGAAAAAUUGUUAUAAACUAACUAUAUAAAAUGUAAACAUCAUUUUUGCUGGCCAAAAAUGAUCAUUGUAUUAAAACUGUAGAUACAUAUUAAGUGCAACCUAAAUGAAUAAUAAAUACCACUAUUUUUUGUAAUAAAAUUUGUAGAAAAAUAUUGUAGAUUAAGGUGAAGGUUGUUAAAUAUAUGCAAUCUAUUAAAAAUAUUAAAAUUAACUUUAUAAAUUUGUUAA